CGCUGACGUUUGGCCAAGCACUGCCCCGCUGCUUCAAACGACGUCACUGGGCAGCGAAGUGUGGCGGCCUCAGCUGUGGCCGGCGCCUAUUGAAAGCCCGAGAGACCCUUGUGGACACCAGAUUCAGACGAGCCGCGAUCUGCCCGUCAGUUGCAGGCAUAUCAAAACACAGGAACCCUUCAAGACACCCAAGGCAACGACCACGGUCAUUUCUUGCCCGCGUACUCGACGUUCUCAAUCGUUCAAUCGUUCCUGUUUCUAGUCAACCCGACCUACGUUUCAGCUUGCCGACAUCGGUCUCCCGACAGUGCAAAGGGGAGAUAUUCCAGUUCGAAAACAAGCCUGAGCGGUUCCGCAAAAUAAACUUAGGCCUGUUGCUAGUGCAGCGUUCCCUCGACGGGUCAGGGGCAAGGCAAGCAUGGCGACAAAGCCACAGCCCGAAGCAGGGUCACUGUCGGCAAUCAACUACCUCGCAGCGAACCCGCCUCAAUAUCCCUACCAUCCCGAGGUGCGCGAGCCCCUAACUCUGUAUAUCUCUAGGGUGCCCGGUGCACAAGACAUCAUCCUCUCUACCUUUCGGCCCCGGGAAAAGACGGUGACUGGCGAGGAUAUUACUUCCUCGCUCUACUAUGUCCAUCUCGAUUCCCCAGAAGACGGUCUGCUGGCCGUCCCACAGCGGCCCGACAAUGCGGCCUCGCCCCGAUCUAGUAGCGAGAGCGCGAGGAGCGCGAUUCCAAGGAAACCGCUACCCCCACAAGCGAAGGUGGCAGGACCAGAUCACGGUGCUUUGUCCAGCAACGAGCCGUGUCAGCGAACAACACCCACGUCCGUCCCUCAGUCCCUGGGCCCCGGGCAUUUGGCGCCGCCCCUGGAUCCGGACCCCCAACUUCAGGAUGGGGCCAUCGACCUUACUGGAUACCGGGAGAACCCCGUGUUCAGGAAACGGCGCUCGGGGGUCGCGUCAGAGACGCCUGACCACCCAACCGGGCCCACCCCCUCGGCCACAGCGUCGAGCAUAGCCCGGAAGCCGCUCAACCCAGCAGCCUCAGCCUUGGAAACUCCACCUCAUGUCGAGAUCGGCGUCGCUGAUCACAAUGCUCCCCGCGGACCUGCGACACCGGCAUCGCCGGAAAGAAAAGGCUCCCCGUUACGACCGGGAAGAACCGCGCAUACCGAGCAGUCGCGGGGUCGCCCAUCCUCUGUGGCAUUCUCACUGACCGUGAUCCGGAGAGACCCUACCUCGGGGACGCAAUGCAAUGUUGGGAAGAUCACGUCAUUUGUGACGAACGUGCCCACCCCAGAAACUGCGGACCCGUCUCUUGACCCGGACAAUAUGGGGGGAUUGCCCUCGCAUGCCCAAAAGAUCAGCAUCCGACUCGAGACGUCAGGAUACGCCAAAUACCGCGACAUGCCCACCAAGGCCGAUGUGGAAGACGCCUACCGUCUGGGUCCGGGGCAGUCGUUUUCCCAACAACUGAGGCAAAGUCUCGACCUUGGAGCGGGGCCUGCGAGAGGCAAGUUUCCAACGUCAAGGACCGCAUGGGAGACCGACGAAGGGGGCUUCGCGCGGGAGGUCGUCAUGUCGUACACCGCCAGCUGGAAGUCAAACCUGGUAAAGGCCUUCCAGCGCAAAGACCGUCCCGGUAGCCCGGUCCACGGCGAGGGGCCGUCGCCCGAGGUCCCGUCAGCUCGAAAAUCUUUCCACGCACGACACGGCAGCGCGUCCACGAUCGGAUCGGUCGACUCGGCCGACGGUAUACAUUCACCAACGCUGAUUACCCGACCUGGCCCGGGGCUCAAACCGAGAGGCUACGUCUUCGUGAGCCCAUGGGGUGGGAGAUGCGAGUUCCGUACCAGCAUCGACGGGCGGAGCCUCAGGUGCCGCCACAUCCUGGACCCCGCGACCGCGAGGAUCGACCCCCGCGAGCUUUCGCAGAGCAUCCGGGACGCGCAGGCAAUGGGCCGCUCGCGCACCGAGGAACUAGCCUCGGCCCUGGUGGGCGCCAAGCAGGUCAGCGAGCUGCGAUUCAGCUUACCCCAGGGGAAUUCGCUCCGCUCCCAUGAGGGGGACGGAAAGCCUCCUCCAAAGGGCCGUAAUCGUCUGUCGGGGCAGUUUAGCAAGCUUCUGCACCGAAGGGCGCAAAGUAGCGAUGAAGAGCCGGAAGCGGUGGACGAGCUAGACAGCUAUGAUGAAGGCACGGCGUUGGACCUGAGCCUUGGGAAGGAGCGUGCCGGAGGAGGGGCUAAAGGGAAUAAAGCGAAACUGGGAAAGCUCAUCAUCUAUGACGAGGGGUUGAAGAUGCUGGACUUGGUGGUUGCAGCGAACGUUGGAGUGUGGUGGACAACAUGGGGCCGAAUGUCUUGAUUUUUCUUUUCUUUUCUUUUCUUUUCUUUUCUUAUUUUUUGUCGAUUUUUGGCUUCAUUUGGCUUCUUUUUUUUGGCACUGUUCUAGAUAUACCCUGAACUCCAUAGUUGUGAUCAUAAUCGUUGUUGCACUUAAAGGGUUACUCCAACUCAUUUGCGCCAAAAACAAAUGGCAACCCCUGCUGCGUCUGUUACGGUCGCGGCUCCAGGAGCUCAAUCGCAAGCAAAGCGAGUCACGUGAAGGUUGUGGACCCUCCGGCA